AUGAAGAAUAAACCCGAGUAUCACUUAUUUAAAAUUCGUUUCAUCAUUGAUAUUUGCUAUUCUUUUGCAGUAAGUAUUUAUUACACUGCUCUUAUCGUCUCCUACAUCGAUCCAUUUAUUCUUUUCCAUUACAAAUCCUUAUUCGUUGGAACACUAUUAUCUUCAAAUAUUGUAGCCACUCGGUUUAUUUUGGGUGCUAUCAUAUCCACCGAAAGACUUAUUGCUAUCUACGGACCAUACAAUGCAACUGCAAAAAGUCUUGCAUGCCUCGUCGAUGCCAUCAUUGCCACGUUUAUUCUCAACAAGUCAUCGUCGAAACAAGUCUCGAUCAGAAGUGUGAAUCCUCGCAGUGCCGUCACUUCUGACAGAUUUUUAUCUAGCAAAACCAAUAAUUAA